GCCAAGCCCUGGGCGCCCGACCCCGUCGGCAGCCUGGCCGUGGCCAGCGCCCUGCACGCCGCGGCGCUGACGCGGCUGAUGUCGCUGCUGGACCACCAGGCCGAGCUGCGCAGCGAAACCGACAUCGACGGCCUCGUGAGCGAACUCAAGCUCAUCGAGCGCCAGCGCGCCUUCGCCCGCCAGGUGUUCAACCAGGCGGUCGCUCAGUACAACGAGGCGCUGAACCAGUUCCCGACGCGGGUGCUGGCCAACCUCUACGGCUUCAAGGAAGCGCGGUCGCUGUGACGGCGCUCAGCCUGCAGGACGGCGAUACCGAGGCAGGCUCGCGCAUGCUGAAGGUCGAUCACGCGGGUGAGCAUGGCGCGGUCCAGAUUUAUGCCGCUCAGCUGAUGGUCGCGCGAUGGACGGCACCGCAACUGCUGCCUCUGCUGCGCGAGUUCCAGGCUCACGAGACUGGCCACCGGGCCCGAUUCGAGGCGGAACUCAGGCGACGCGGUGUCCGUCGAUGCCGCAGCUUCCUACUGUGUGCGGCGGGCGGGUGGGUUCUCGGCCUGGUCACGGCCCUGUGCGGGCGCUCGGCCAUUGCGGCCACCACAGUCGCGGUCGAACGGGUGGUGCUGCGUCACCUGGAACACCAGAUGGCGGUGCUGCGUAACGUGGAUUCGGCGGCGUACGAGGCCGUGGCCGCCAUCGUGGCCGAAGAGCAGGCUCACCAUGACGAGCUGGCCCGCUACCUGCCGCGCAGCCGGUUCUUCACCGCCGUGCUCGAGCGCGUCGUGGGUGCGAGCACUGAAGCCGUCAUCCGGCUCGGCAUGCGACUCUGA